AUGCGGCGGGCUCGGGGCGCGGCGCUGCCGGCGCUGGCCGCGCUGAUCAUCGCUGUCGUCCUCUACCAUCUCCCCCUCAACGGCAUUUUCUGUUAUAGAAAAGUGAUUGUUCUUUUCUCCAUGGCAGUGGCUGUGGUCAGAGCCCAGGUACAGCAGGAGCCAUUCCUGGAGACCACCGAGGGCACCGGCAUCAACAUCACCUGCUCACACCCCGAAAUCCAGAACAGCCAAACAAUCUACUGGUACCGACAGUUGCCUGGCCGAGGACCCGAACUCUUUGUGAGCAUUCACAAGGACUCCAAAGAGCUGCCGGACAGUGCGGGCCGUGUGUGGGUGUCGGCAGAUCGGCGUCGGAGCGCGCUGUGGCUCGGGCGGCCCCGGCGCGGGGACGCGGCCGUGUAUUACUGCGCAAUCCGUGGAUCCAGCUUCACCAAGCUGACCUUUGGCUCAGGGACCAGACUCUCCAUCCAGCCCAAAGUGACUCCAUCUCCCUCAGUCUACAGGCUGACCUCCAAAGAUGCCCAGGGUCUGGAAAUGUGCCUUAUCACCGAUUACUCCCCCGAGAAGCUGACUCUGAGCUCUGCUGAGCAGCACACCUCUGCUGUGGUGGGGGUGGCAGCUGCUGGGAGCAGCGAGGAGGAGUCCAGCUACCUGUCCACCUUCUGGGCCAGGAGGGACGAGCUGCACUGUGCCGCCAGCCACGAGGGCUUUGGAGAGCUGCAAGGAGAGGACCCUGAGAGUGGUGCCAGUGCUGUCUGUGUCACAGGGCUGUCCCUACACUUCAGGACAGAUCAACACUUGAACACCCUGUCCUUGUCACAGCUGGGCCUCAAAAUCAUUUUAAUGAAAGGAAUCAUUUUUAAUGUGCUGAUGACAGUGCUUAUGUGGAAGAAAAAAGAGGACUGAGAGUAACCAGGUGGAGCAGUCCUGAAGUGCCAAACCCAUCUGCUUUGAGAGAGCAUCGUGAGCAAGAGGGAGCUCAGGGAUAUCCCUUGUGCAAGGACAUCCCUUGCUGCUCCUAUAUACCACCCCAGCCAUUAUAUUCUGAAUUGCUUUAUUUGCAUUGCUAUAAAACCACUCAAAAUGAAACAUUUCCAGUGUUCUGUCCUCCAGAUGUCUGGGUCAUUCAGCACACAGUGCCUCUUUUGCAUGAAGCACACUUUGUUCUAAUUAUACAUUGCCAAGUUGUAAAUGUAAAAUGUAAAUGUAAAAUGUUGACUUCUGCCUGGAGCAGUGCUGUGUGUUAAGAACUGCGAGCUAAAUAUCAUCUGAAUGGGAAUUUUUCCUAUUUUGGUAGCUUUAGGCUAUUCAUAUCUCUUAGGAUGCACCCCCAGAAACCUUUUCAGGUGCAAAUGAAACACUUUGAAAAGCAAAGGGAGACUGGCUCAGGAUGCACUGUCCUGCCACCUUUUCCUAGAUCAGAGCCAGAUAUCCCGUUUUUUCCCUAAAGGGUGAGAUGCAGUUCUCCCAGAAGUCCCAAAUUCAGUGAAAUUGUCACUUCAAUGUCACAGAAAAAAAAGAAAAGAAAAAUACUAUUUUUUUAAGUCUAUCUGACCAUAACACCUUCUUAAUUUAAACCAGUUUAAGAUUUGGCUUUGUGUUUAGUAAAAGUACAAACCAUUUUUGUUCUUUUUGUUUACUUCUAACAACGUGAGAUCUCCCAAGUUCUUUUUGUACCAGUUGCAUAAAAAUGUACUGAAAUAUUUACCUGUCCACGUGUGCCCACCUUGGAACUGUGCUUGCCUGUGGCACCUGCAUGCUGCUAAUUCAUGAACUGUACUGGCACCACGAGAUGUCUUGCAUUUCUUUAGGCUGUUAUAAAAAAAUUUUACAAAAAAUGAGAAA